GUUGAAAGUAUAAUCUUAGCUCCUUCAGGAUAUGCUGCUGGAAUCAAUUUUUGAGGUUCUCACGGUGCGGCAUUUUUGCGCAUUGCUACUCUCCAUAUUGGUUGCGUUGGUUGCGACUUCUCACCUGAACUAUCAGCUGUCUCCCUUGUGGGUGUUGCACCUUUACACACAGUCUCAUACCGAUGACUGGAUGCCGCCGAAUAUAAAAUACUUGACGCGGGCAUCCCAUGUAUUCUUGGCUGAUGGAUUCGAGGAAAAACCAGUAUCACCUGUCCAUCUCGUCAUUUCCAAUUCGCAUAUUACCACCGGCGCUUUCAUCGUAGUCUAUCAUUUGUCGUCAGUGGAGUCGAUUGAGCGGUUUCUGCUCCAUUCCGAACGACGAAAAUCUGCUUUGCACCAACUUAACCCCGCUAGUCGUUUCAUUUUUGGGGACCAACAUGUUCUGGCUCUCACAGCCCACUCUCACCGGAAUGUAAUGGUAUAUGCAGCCGUUUCCAGUCCAACACACAAUGGUUCAUCCACUCUUGCGAAUUCUUACCUUAUAUCAGCGUUCAACGGAUCAGGCACUGUUUUAUGGAAGCAGAUGAUUCGGACACCUCCCUUUGAUACUGGUGACGUCUUCCCUACUGUUACAGUGGACAGCCGUUGUGGAAUAGUAUCAGCUUCCAUCUGCGGGACUGUUUUUACUCUACUCCCUCUAACUUCGUAUACGGGCUUUCUUUUUAUCACUAGGGAAAAUGGUCGUGAGUUUUCGGCCCUUGCGUUAUCAUUGACAGAUGGCCGGAUUCUUUGGCAAUAUCGACAGGAUGAAUCAACCAUCUAUCGACGUCAACGCAACAACAGCUCAACACGGACAAACUGGAGAUUGGCCUUGUUAGAUCACUAUGAAUCACACAGGCAUGUUGAUGUCUCCAGUUGGAAGAAUUAUCGCAACAGGUUGAAUGAACUGUUACCAUUUCAGUGGUUUGGUCCAACUGACAGCCGGAUAGCAGUAUUGGCUGAUGUAGAGUUGGGUAAAACAACGCCCGUCGGUAGAAAGCAGAUGCCUAAUUUACUGGCCCUGCUGCAUCCUCGAGGGAUCGAUUUGUUGGACCUGACAUCUGGAAAACCAAUGAGUCAGUUAAUAUUCAACUGGCGCCCGGGGUCGACAUAUGCCUUCAUUUCAAGUGUGAAUGAUUCUCGUUAUUUCUUUCGAUCACUGGGCCGAAAUCUCCUAACCCAGUUGAGCAUACAAUCAACGAUUAUUCCAUCGUCACUGAGUUCUUCCGCGACUUACGUGGAACAUUCCUCGGAUGGUGAUGCGGACGGGGAUGUGCCUACACAUGGCGACUUCUCACACAUGGUGGACUGCCGUGGAGUACUGCGACAUCUCGAAGUGAGUACGGACAGCUCAACUGUUGGCUUGAACUCCCAGUCGGUCAUACAUGGUGGCCUUUGUAGACCUCAUUCUUUAUUCGAUUUUGCUCGACUGGGUCGGCCGGAUUGGUUAGAAGAUGAAAGCAAAUCUGUUCCUCCACUUGUCUUUCACAGUGAUGUCCCUUCGAAUGGCUUGGUUGACCUGUGGAACUAUUUGCUUCCGUCCUUCGCCCUACAUCCUCAAAGUGUUAACCUUUUGCACAAACAUCACAACACCGGGGAAAAUUACGAUAUCGUCUUCUUGACCUCUGACGGCAGUUUGACAUGCGUCUCUAACCAUGGACACCAAAAUUGGCGGGUAAUUUUUCUUCCACCUUGCGUUUGUUUUCUUUUGCGUUGUCUGAUCCAUAGACAACCACAUUUUGUGUUUCUUUAUUCUCAGCUGAACGCAGAAGUUUCAUGGCUCCAGGUUUCUCGAACCGUUGCGGGAGGUUCUUCCGACGAUCACAAUCUGCAUGAAAUGUACACCAAACAAUUUGUACCAAGUCUUUCGGCUGUUCGUCUCCGUCCUUUCGGCAUGAAGCCUUGGAGCAGUUUGUUAGCUCCCGGGCAGUUGCGUCGCCCUGUUCACAGGACCACAUCCACUGACAAGCUAAUUGCAUUGUCAGCUUUGGUAUCCGUUGGUUGGGAUUCUCUGAGUUUGGUGGAUCUUCACUCGGGACGCUUACUCGCAACGCAUCGAUUGCCGAGUCAUCCGACUGGAAAACCGAUCGUCAUCCCGUUUACCCAUUCGAGCGACGUGACAUCAGAGGCUGAUCACUUUGUCAACAGCUUGAUUGUGGUCCCUUGCGAUGGAAUGCUGGUCGCCUUCGGAGUGACGGUGGAACUGCGGCUACAGACCCUAAUUUUGGUAUUGCUUUGUUUAUUUGUAUCAUUUAUAUUUCUCAAUCUGUUUUGUACAUUGGACCCCGUCGACAGCGAAUACUAAUCAUAGACAGAUUGUAAAUG